AUGCAGCGUGCGGCGACCUCGGGCAGCGGAGGCCCAGAUGAUGGCUUCGACCUCGACAUCAAGACGGAGUGGGACAGGGAAAUCAGUUGCUCAAGCAACGCAAGUGUCCUGACUUUCACCAACAGAGGUGAGAUCAGAGAAGGUGCUGCAGGGGAUGAAACGACCCCGAAGAAAAAUUCCAAGGGCAUCGCCACAGGUUUUUUCAAACGCUCAGAGACAGAUGCAGAUUCUUUGACGCUCACGAACAAGAUUGCGGCGCAGUCUGGGCGUUCUGCAACGCUGGCCAUGACUAUCUUGCAGGCGUUUUCGCGCAAGAUCCUCCGAAACAAGAUGUUUGCGCACUUCAUGGUUUGCGUUGUGAUUCUCGAUGCAUUCUUGACAGCAUCAGAUAUUGACUUCAGAGCACGUGGUGAGGCGACUCCGACAUCUGUACUGGGUCUUUCGACUAUGUGUUUAUGCCUUUACGUGGUUGAGCUCCUCUUUCAAGUCUUUGCACGAGGCCGCCGAUUGCUUCGCGAUUGGUUGGCUUGGAUGGAUCUGAUAAUCAUUUUCUCGGGCUGUGUGGACUUGCUGGUGAGCGCCUUCGUGAGAGUUGAGUUCCUUUCAAAAAUCGGCGCCAUGCGCGUGCUGCGCCUGGUGCGCAUCGUGCGACUGCUGCAACUUCUGCGGCGAAAUCGAUCUUUGAAAGAGCUGCAAAAGCUUGUGAACAUGUUGGCCACCUGUUUCAAGACUUUGAUAUGGUCCUUCGUGUUUCUUUGUCUCGUAAUGACGGGGUGGGCCAUGCUCAUCGUGGAGAUCAUCCACCCGUACGUGCUACAGCUUCACCAAGAUGUACGCCUCUUCAUGGAUUGUGAGCAGUGCUUGCGGGCCACAUCGACGGUGAUGCAAGCAAAUUUGCUCUUGUUCAAGACUGUCAUUGCUGGGGACAGUUGGGGCCAGAUAGCUGUACCGAUCAUUGAGGCUCAUCCGGAGACGUCGAUAAUUUUUGUUGGCUCGCUGCUGACGCUGGUGUUCGGCGUGCUCAAUCUCAUCGUGGCUGUGGUUGUGGAUACCUUUGCCGAAGCUCGCGAGAAUGACGUUGUCAACCUGGCCCAAGAGCUUGAGUUCAAUAUUGAAGAUGAUCAGAAAAUUCUGCGGGAAAUAUUCCACCGAAUCGAUCAAGAUAAGGACGGUGAAUUGACGCUUGACGAGCUUCUUGAUGGUGCACACCACGACUCGGAGUUUCAAAGCCGGCUGAAAGUCAUGGACAUUGAUGAGGUCGACCUGCAGCAACUGUUCGAGAUGAUCGAUGCAGAUGGAUCAGGUUCCAUUGCCGUUGAGGAGUUCAUCGUCCCUUUGAGCCGUUGGGUGCAUGAUUCCAAGACGGCACCGCGAUUCAUCAAAUACAAUCUCCUGCGAGCGAUGACUCAGCAGGAGGAGUUGCUCCGAUUCUCGGCUCAGAACUUCAACUCCAUUUUCGAAAGAGUGGACCGCAUCUUCAUCAUCCUCCGCGAUCUGAGCACGGCGAGUGGGACAAGCGGGCAGAAGACCGCAAUUAAAUCCACAGCAUCAGCCAGCGAUGGUCCAAAGAAAGUACUGGCCUUUGAGCCAGAAGUGCGGCAGAAGGCGAGCAAGUCCAGCGGAGACGAGGAUGUCUGCCACGAUGCCCAUUGCUUGGAGCAGCCGCAUCCAUCAAGCCUCAUCCCGCAGCUGGACAGCCUCAAAGGCGACGUCGACUUGGCUUUAGAGGCGGCGUGGUUGACGAGCCUGGAAGCACAGAGCCCCAGACAAGUGAUUGCAGCUCUCCAGGUCUUGGAUAACUGCUUCCGAGAGGCUGCUGUCGGCUUGAAGCAGUCCCAGUCAGUCGUGCAAAGCCAGUUGAAACAACUCACAGUGUCGGCGACUGGUGAUUCUGGGGACCAUCUUGUGCACCACUCUGAUGCCCUUCCGACAGCAAAGCGAGUGCCUGGCGCUGGCGAUGCCACAGAGCAGCGGCAAGUUCACAAAGCUGGCCGUGAUCAAUCUGAAAUCGCAUGCUCGGGACACUUGCUGCGAACUGGCGCCAAUGUUUCACCAAAUGCAGAGAUACAGAAAGUGCCACAUGGACAGCGGACUGCUGACUGCUAG